CUCAUCAUCCGCGACGACCCGGCAGCCGUGGGCGACUACAUCGCCAACUACAUCGCGAAACGGAUCAACAACUUCAAGCCCACGGCCGACAAGCCGUUCGUGCUCGGCCUGCCCACGGGCUCGUCCCCGAUCCCGACGUACAAGGCCCUGAUCAAGCUCGUGAACGACGGGAAGCUCUCCUUCGCGCACGUCGUCACGUUCAACAUGGACGAGUACGUCGGGCUCCCGAAGGACCACCCCGAGUCGUACCACACCUUCAUGUUCCGCGAGUUCUUCUCCCACGUCGACAUCCCGCCCUCCCAAGUCAACAUCCUCGACGGCAACGCGCGCGACCUCAUCGGCGAGUGCGCGCGCUACGAGGCGCGCAUCCGCGCACACGGCGGGAUCGAGCUCUUCCUCGGCGGGAUCGGCGAGGACGGGCACAUCGCGUUCAACGAGCCCGGCUCGUCGCUCGCCUCGCGCACGCGCAUCAAGACGCUCGCGUACGACACCAUCCUCGCCAACGCGCGCUUCUUCGCCAACGACGUCGCCGCCGUCCCGCGCAUGGCGCUCACCGUCGGCGUCGGCACCGUCCUCGACGCGCGCGAGGUCGUCGUCGUCGUCACCGGCCAGCGCAAGAGCCUCGCGCUCAGCAAGGCCAUCGAGGAAGGCGUGAACCAUCUGUGGACGCUCUCGGCCUUGCAGAACCAUCCGUGGGCGCUGAUCGUCGUCGACGAAGACGCCACCGCCGAGCUGCACGUCAAGACGGUCAAGUACUUCAAGUCCAUCGAGCGCGUGCAAGACGAGGUCGAGCAGCGGCACGCCGAGCUCCGCGCGCAGGGCCUCCCGGAGGGCGACCAGCAGGUCGGGAGCAUGGAGUGA